CUUAAAAGGAGGGCUUGGCUUUUGUGACGAGUCUUUGUUUCCAGGAUCUUUGUCUAAGAAAAUGUUUGAAGUCUGCUGAGAGGAAGGUCAGAAAGAAGCUCACAGCCCGGCUAGGAUCAUCCCUGACCACAGAAGGGUUCGGCUCUGAAAGCGUCAGGUUAACCAGGUAAAAUAAAAGAAGCUAGUGGACAUCACUACCAGCACCUCCCUCUCUCCUCCACCAGGGAUCAGCAUUGUGUUAAUCUGACGUGACUGCAACAAAUGGGUUUUAAAAUGUACCCCAAGAAUGCCCAUGCUAUGGAGAACAAUCCUCACACACGAAGCCGUGAUGAGUCAACAUUCAAGAUUUCAUCUGCUCCAGAUCUCAUUCCAAAUACCGAAAAGGAGCUAAAACUGAGCACGAAAGAAGAAAGAUUUUACAAAAACUCUGCACUGAUCUUAGAUUCAAGUAGUCAAGUGUACUCAGGGCUGGACGACAAUUCAACAGAGCCACACGAGUCCCUGACAGAUUCCUCCAAUGUUACCUUUGUUGACAGCUACACUCUGGAGGAGUCUGUGGAUAAUCACAGUCUGAAUGAAGUUGGGAUGAUUUACCUCAAGGAUUUUGUGUUGAUAGAUGACGAUGAAGAUGGGGACAUGUCGCUGAGAGAGAAAACAGUCACAGACUUCUCAGUCAGGGAUGGGAAAGCUGCAGACCUAGUGUGUCGGAGGCUCCUGUCCACAUCCACUGGCUUUGACUGCAAGGAUGAAUCUUCAUUUCAUGGUCCCACUUCACCUGAGGAGGUCGGGGCAGAGCACAAAAAGAACUGCUGUUUCUGCACCCUGCUGUGACUGUUGUAAAACCUAGACUAACUUCUUUAUAGCCAGAACAAUUGUUUUUAAAGUAUUCAUUCUUGCUGAACUGUU